AUGGCUCCCGCAAGGAACGGAGCCGUGCUACCAAUUCUAGGAUUCCUGAUAUGUGCAGCUUUCAUCUACUUCUCGUUUCGGGAUUUGUGGCUCAAUCACAGAGGGAACACCGAGUUAGGGUUUGUGAAACGGAACGGAACUCAGUUCGUGGUGGACGGUAAGGCUCUGUAUGUAAAUGGGUGGAACUCGUAUUGGUUCAUGGACCACGCGGUGAAUGAACACAGCAGGUACCUCGUGAGUGAAAUGCUCGAAGCUGGAUCCAAAAUGGGUCUCACUGUUUGUAGAACUUGGGCCUUCAAUGACGGUGGCUACAACGCUCUUCAGAUCUCCCCUGGCCGAUUCGAUGAGCGGGUCUUCAAGGCCUUGGAUCAUGUAGUUGCAGAGGCAAGGAAGCAUGAUGUUAGGUUGAUUCUUAGCUUAGUGAACAACUUGCAAGCGUACGGAGGGAAGUCACAGUAUGUGCAAUGGGCAUGGCAAGAAGGUGUUGGCCUCAGCUCCUCCAAUGAUUCCUUCUUCUUCGAUCCAUCUAUCCGCAAAUACUUCAAGAACUAUCUCACGGCUCUGCUCACCCGCAAGAACUCGGUAACUGGAAUAGAGUACAGAAACGACCCUACGAUCUUCGCUUGGGAGUUGAUAAACGAGCCAAGGUGCUCGUCUGAUGUCUCUGGCGACACCCUCCAAGACUGGAUUGACGAAAUGACCGGAUUCAUAAAAUCAAUCGAUGGCAAGCACCUCCUCACAGUUGGCCUUGAAGGCUUCUAUGGUCCGCAGAGCCCGAAACGGCUGACUGUUAAUCCAGAACGGUGGCCCUCUGAGCUUGGAACAGACUUUGUUCGAAACUCUAAUUCCUCAAACAUCGACUUCGCAUCCGUUCAUAUCUACCCUGAUAACUGGUUUCAGAACCAGAGCUUCGAAGAUAAGCUAAAGUUUGUGGUGAAAUGGAUGCAGUCUCACAUUGAGGAUGGGAUGAAGGAACUGAAGAAGCCGGUUCUGUUCACAGAGUUUGGGCUCUCGAACCUGAACAAGGACUACCAGCCAUCGCAGCGAGAGCGGUUCUACAGAACCAUUUUCGAUGUGGUUUACAAAUCAGCAAAGCGGAGGAAGUCAGGGGCAGGCACACUGGUUUGGCAGCUGUUCAUGGAAGGCAUGGAAGGUUUCAAUGAUGAGUUUGGGAUUGUGCCACAUGAACAGGAUUCCUUGUAUAGAUUGAUGAUCGAACAGUCUUGCAGAUUGGGUCGUGUCACAGGGCGUCUUAAGGAACAUAAGUUGAGAAAGCUUUGUUCACACAGACAUUGA